AUGUCUCAAAGAGGAAUGUAUCUUAUUCUUUUGUGUCUUCUUAUUGAACAACUUGUUGCACAAGAUAUGCGAUCAUUGAAAAUGUUUGUAUUUAACGGUUUGGAAUUUCAAUGCGUUAACACUACUUGUAUACCUUACGCCAAUCGAACGACGGAAGGUGUUCUCAAAUGUCGAAUAACUUGUCUAUCGUUGCUUCAAUGCAAAGCGGCCAGUUUUUAUCAAUCGGCUUUAGUCUGUCAGUUAUUUACUGAUACAUCGAUUCAGAACGCAAAUAUGUUGGGUAAUUCAAAUGUGAUUUCAUUAAUUGUUCAAAGCGGAACUCGAAUACCACCUGGAUUCAUUCGUCCGGACACGCGUUCCAACUCCAUCUACACCCAAAUCCUCAACCUCAAAUUUCUUGUUGACAAUCUAUCUCCACUAAAAAUAUAA